AUGGCGAACUCUGCACAAGGAGGAGCAGCUGCCGGCAACAGUGGUCCUGCCACUGGCAACGACCAGGCAGAGAAGGCACUGCUUGUCGGCAUCGAAGCCGUUUGCAAUGCAAUGUCCGGGGAGGUUCGUUUUACGAACGAGAACGAGGCAGCAUUUGCUCUUCUGCGGAAGGGUUGUCGCCACUGCUCGGGCACUCGCGGAGGAGAGGCCUUGAGGCAGGUGCCUGUCGAGAAGCAGGCAAUCGUUGUAGCCUUCCUGACGCGCAUUGCAGAGAUCCGCCGAGGGGCAUCGCGGCGGGUGCAGGAGCUGGGAGCCAUUUUGGCCAACGCGUCGCCUUCCUGGCAGGAGCUCCUGGCGGGCUCAGAAGCUCUGGGCGGGCCAGAUGGGCUCCUGGCCGAGGAACUGAAGGCGCUGGUCCCUGCGACAACUGCAGGUGAGGCGAAUCUACCAGCGCCUGUGUUGGAGCAUGAAGCCAGGGUCUUCCUUCGCGAGAGCAAAUCGAAGAGGUACCUGUCCAUAAUCAGCUCGUCGACUGACGCCUGCAUCAUCAUGACGGAGCUGCCCGUCUCCCUUUUCGUUUGCUGCGUUCUUGGCAAAGGCCUCUCCGACGCCUGCAGCUCUUUCAGCACAGAGGUCUCGGAAGAGACGGAGGCUUCGUCGUUUUCUUCGCAGUUGUCCAAAUCAAGGCUGGCUGAACUCGAAGGUGAGAAUCUGGAAUUCGGCCUAGCGCACGAGGGAGUCCCGUCCUGUGGCCGCUUCCUGGGCUCCCGGAGGCGCUGGACAGAUGUGGAGCUUUGUUGCUCCAGCCGCAGCUUCGGCAGGCGUGAGCGCUGGAGCCGAGGUCCAGGUGCUUCCUUGCAGCACCAAUCCAGUGGUUUGUGGCUCUACGUGGACCCGCGCAGUCCGAACAAGGUCACCUUGAGCUCACAAGAGCACAGUGCUUGGGAGGUCUUGCCUGCCACUUGA